GUUUAAUCGCACAUCCAAGCAUAUACCUGAGGUCUCCUUUCGGUUUACGAAUUAUUUCGACUUCAUUGGAAAAUGGACUUUUUCAGUGCAGAAGACUUUAAUCUGAAAAAUCAUUACAAAGAAUCGUAUGGUUCAGUAGAAUUUUUAAUCGCUCGAGCCAAAAAGGGUGAAGUAUCUUGCCAAAGUGACCUUGGUAUCGCUUAUUGUGAAGGUAUCGAAGGAUUCGUGGAGAAGGACACCGAGAAAGCUAUCGGGUGGCUAGACGCAGCUGUCCAAAAUGGCUGCAUUCUUCCCUCAUUAAUACUAAUACUUGGUCAAUUGCUGGAUCUCACAGGAGAGCCACACAACCGGCGAAAAGCGUACGAUUUGUAUCACAAGGCAGCGCGUCUAGGAAGUAUACCUGCGCAGCUUAAUUUGGCUGAAAUGUAUCGAUGUGGAGUUGAAAAAGUGGUGAACGUAGACAUCAAAGAAGCGUUUGAAUGGUACAAAAAGGCGGCAGGGGAAAGCACAGUCGAACAUAGCACAGAGAUGGGAUCUUUAGGUCUUCUUAUUGCUGGAACUAUGAACAAAAUUGAGAAUUCUCUUGAUGAUUUUCGACAAAAAGCUUUGACAUCUUUGUAUAAGUAUUAUCUUGUAGGUGAUUGCCCAGAAGGGAAACCGCAGCAAACGAAAGCUGUUCACUAUUUGACCAGAGCCGCGGAACUAGGAAACACUGAGGCCCAGCUGAACCUUGGAAAAAUAUAUCUGGAAGGAAGUUGUGAGCAGAUUAGGGACUUGAGGAAGGCAAAACGGUGGCUUGAAAAAGCUUCUGUAAGCGGUCAUGUCGAGGCUAAAGAGGUUGGUUUAAUCUGAUAACCUUAUGUGAACAAUCUGAGAAGGAGAUGCAAUUUAAUCAAUUAUCCCAGCAGCCUAGGCCAGGGCAUAUGUGGAGAGUUUGACUUUCUAGAAGAAUUGCUUGUCAAAAUCCGUACCCUCUGCCCCGAACAUUGAGUUAAUUAGAUCAAAUCCUCUCAAAUUGAGCAAAGAAUAUCCCUCCAAGCAUUGGAACUGUUAUUUCAAUCUUUCGAAGACUUCAUUUGAAUUAUGCCAAGAUUUGUAGUUUCCCUCUUACAAUCUUAAAGACAACCUUGUCAAUCCAUUUAAUGUUUCCUUACAUGUUCCUAAGAAAAUCAAACUUCCUUUCCCUGGAGCCUAGACUCUUAGUCAAAAGCCAGAGGAGGCAAAAGAGGUCAAAUGUCUCCCCAGGACCCCCACCCCCUCCAGAUUUAAAUUGAUAAAUGCAAUUUUUAGUUGUUUUUUUUUGUUCCACUGCAAUUUGUUGUUCAUUUUGGUUUGCUUUUGUUUUACCCUUUUUUUAGGGCCCAAAUGGAGAAUGCAAUCUCUGAUUAUAAUUAAGCACCAUAACAGAGUAAAGUGUUGCCAUAGCUGCUUUACGUAUAGGAGAAUUACCACUAAAAAAUCUUGGGAGCUUGAGGGUUGCUUGAAUGGGGGAAAAUUGAGAUUUGGAGCAUUAUUUGAAAUGGGAGAAUGGGUGGUAGACAAGUCAUAGAUCAUUUCCUGGGUCUCAGCUGCCUUAACCUCCCUUAUGUAAAUCAAACCAUUUCAGUGUGUUACAAUUGGUAUUCUGUGACUUCAAGAUUAUCUCAAUACCAUUUGUUGACCACUUACUAAAUGUAUCUUUAUUGUUAUUAGCUUCUUCAGCAGUGCCAACUCAAUGACGACUUAAAGCAUGAUGGAUCAGACAUUUCACCAGAGGCUUUUAAACAGUCAUUUGGCAUCAUGAAAGAAAGAUUAAGGCAGAGAGCAGAGGCAGAUAAGCAUCCAUUUGCAAUUUCUAACCCUGUGGUUUUCACAGAAGAAAUGUUUCGUCAGUUUGAUUGGUCCCCAACAGCAAGAAUUUAUCUUCGAGCUUACAAACUGGUCAAAGAAGGCCUUGAAGUUCUGUGGAAAAGCAACUUCACUGAUGAGAGAGGAAUUACUCUUAUUGCCUAUGGAUACUUGACUGAAAACUCUAUACUUCAAGCAUUUCCUAUUUUGUCACCCAAUAUUCUCCAGCUUUGUGAGGAAAUUUUAAUAAAGAAUCCUUGCUUUUUGGAGGGACUCCUUUUGUCCUAUGCUUUACGGAAUUUCAAAAGGGGAAAACUUUCAGAAGAAGAUUCAAAAACUGACAACCAAGUAAUACUAUGUAUAAUGAACUUGAUUAGUUUUGUCCAUAAGGCAGAACCCAACAGCUCUCCAUGUGAAGACCCAUUUGAGUUUGAUAAGAACUACAGCAGCUGGCUUCAUGUCUUGUAUUAUCAUUUAGCAUCCAUUUACACAAUUUCAGAGGCUAUUGAACUCGCUGCAGAGGCUUCUGAGAACUCUGUCAAGUGCUGCCCGUUGUACUAUGAGGCUAAAAGAGUUCUGGGUUAUACAAUGAUGUUGCUGUAUGCUUCCAAAAAGUUCCCUGAAAGAGGGGUUUCAAGCCAUCAAUUACCCAGAGAGUUGCUCAGACUUGACAAUCAACAACCACACCUGAGAGAACUUUCUAAAUAUAAUUCCUGGACCGCUGAAAAAUUAAGAGACACAGCAGUGAAGGUUUUAAAGGAGUAUCUUGUAGAGGCUCCAUGCUGCUUCAAGACAUACCCAAAUGCUUGUUACUACCUGGCAAAAAUUUAUUUUCUAGAAGGAAACAUGGAUGAAUUCAGGAAGUAUUUUGAACUGGGACAAGAUGCUGAAGAAAAAAGACUUCCUUUCUUCGAAAAUGUUAACCUGCCAUUAAAGGAUAUGAUAGCACCUGUCUACCAACUUUUUGUUAAUGUGAAAAUAAAAGCAAUGUGUGGAAACAAGGCAUGCAACAAAAAAGUCAAAGAGAAUGACUUAAAAUCUUGUGGUCAAUGUGGUAUGCAAAAAUACUGCUGCAAGUACGUAUCUUCACUUGAAUUGUUCAUUCUUUUAACUUCAGUUGGCUUUGUAUUUUAAUUUGCUGUUUUUAGAUCUUAAGGUAGCUGUUUUUAGGUCUUGAGGCAGGUGUGAAUUUCUUAAUUCUCAGAUAAAGAUUAUUAUCCUGUGUUCUGUUUCACAGAGCAACUUGAAUUAUGUUGAGAUCAUUUUCACACUGUCACAGCUGCCAAAUUAGUGAGCCAAAACAUUAAAAUGGUGACCAUGUUGGUGAACUAUAUCAGUCCUACGAGAAUGAAAAGCCUUUCCUCUGUUUUAAUAAAUUUACAUAGCUGCUUACCAUGAGAAUGCAAAGGCUCUCUAACUACUUCCCCGGAUGAGGGAUUUCAGGUUACAAGCCAGAUUUUUGUCAGGCUUUCUUGACAGUUCUCUAGUACCCAAUUAAAAUCUCGGGUGGAGAGAGGUGUAGUGACAGGUCAGUGUAGGUGGGUAAGGGUCAUGCCCAUAUACAGAACACAAUGACCUGGCUUGGACUUGAUCCCAGAUUUCUUGAU